CUCUCUCCCUCUCUCUCAUCUCUCCAUACUUUCCCUUCUUCCUCUUCUGUUUCAACCUCUCAACCUGAUCUCACCAUUUCUUCAACUUCCAGUACAUCCGAGCUUCUCAAUCAGUAUUUCUUCAUACCUGGUUCCAUACUACUUGCAAUAAUCAUCAUGAUCCUACCAAUGUUGUACAUUAUUAUCUUUUGCUAUAUGAGAUUUUCUGCCCUUCGAACUGGACGGCCUUCUACUAGUGCUAUGGAGACUGAAGCAGCCUCUACCAAUGCUAUGGAGACUGGAGCAGCCUCUACCAAUGCUAUGGAGACUGGAGCAGCCUCUACCAGUGCUAUGGAGACUGGAGCAACCUCUACCAGUGCUAUGGAGACUGGAGCAGCCCCUACUAAUGCCAUGGAGACUGGAGCAGCCUCUACCAGUGCUAUGGAGACUGUAGCAGCCUCUACCAGUGCUAUGGAGACUGGAGCAACCUCUACCAAUGCUAUGGAGACUGGAGCAGCCUCAACCAAUGCUAUGGAGACUGGAGCAGCCUCUACCAAUGCUAUGGAGACUGUAGCAGCCCCUACUAGUGCUAUGGAGACUGUAGCAGCCUCUACCAGUGCUAUGGAGAAUAAAGCAGCCUCUACCAGUGCUAUGGAGACUGGAGCAGCCUCAACCAAUGCUAUGGAGACUGUAGCAGCCUCUACCAAUGCUAUGGAGACUGGAGCAGCCUCUACCAGUACUAUGGAGACUGGAGCAGCCCCUACUAAUGCUAUGGAGACUGGAGCAGCCUCUACCAGUGCUAUGGAGACUGGAGCAGCCCCUACUAAUGCUAUGGAGACUGGAACAACCCCUACUAAUGCUAUGGAGAAUAAAGCAGCCUCUACCAGUGCUAUGGAGACUGUAGCAGCCUCUACCAGUGCUAUCGAGAAUGAAGCAGCCUCUACCAGUGCUAUGGAGACUGGAGCAGCCUCAACCAAUGCUAUGGAGACUGGAGCAGCCUCUACCAAUGCUAUGGAGACUGGAGCAGCCCCUACUAAUGCUAUGGAGACUGGAGCAGCCUCAACCAGUGCUAUGGAGACUGGAGCAGCCUCUACCAGUCCUAUGAAGACUGGAGCAACCUCUACCAGUCCUAUUGAGGCUGGAGCAUCCUCUACCAGUCCUAUGGAGACUGCAGCAACCUCUACCAGUGCUAUGGAGACUGGAGCAGCCUCAACCAAUGCUAUGGAGACUGGAGCUGCCUCUACCAGUCCUAUGGAGACUGGAGCAGCCCCUACUAAUGCUAUGGAGACUGGAGCAGCCUCAACCAGUGCUAUGGAGACUGUAACAGCCUCUACCAGUGCUAUGGAGACUGGAGCAGCCUCUACCAGUGCUAUGGAGACUGUAGCAGCCUCUACCAGUGCUAUGGAGACUGGAGCAGCCUCUACCAAUGCUAUGGAGACUGGAGCAACCUCUACCAGUGCUAUGAAGACUGGGGCAGCCUCUACCAGUGCUAAAAAGAAGAAGAAGAAGAAGAAGACUGGAGCAGCCUCUACCAGUGCUAUGGAGACUGGAGCAGCCUCUACCAGUGCUAAAAAGAAGAAGAAGAAGAAGAAGACUGGAGCAGCCUCAACCAGUGCUAUGGAGACUGUAACAGCCUCUACCAGUGCCAUGAAGACUGGAGCAGCCUCUACCUGUGCUAUGGAGACUGGAGCAGCCUCUACCAGUGCUAAAAAGAAGAAGAAGACUGGAGCAGUCUUUAUCAGUGCUAUGGAGACUGGAGCCACCUCUACCAGUGCCAUGAAGACUGGAGCAGCCUCUACCAGUGCCAUGGAGACUGGAGCAGCCUCUACCAGUGCUAUGGAGACUGUAGCAAUGUUUACCAGUGCUAUGAAGACUGUAGCAGCCUCUACCAGUACUAUGAAGACUGGAGCAGCCUCUGCCAGUGCUAUGAAGACUGUAGCAGCCUCUACCAGUGCUAUGAAGACUGUAGCAGCCUCUACCAGUACUAUGGAGACUGGAGCAGCCUCUACCAGUCCUAUGAAGACUGGAGCAACCUUUAUGGAGACUGGAGUAGUCUCUACCAGUGCUAUGAAGACUGAAGCAGCCUCUACAAGUGCUAAAAAGAAGAAGAAGAAGACUGGAGCAGCCUCUACCAGUGCUAUGGAGGCUGGAGCAACCUCUACCAGUGCAAUGGAGACUGGAGCAACCUCUACCAGUGCUAUGGAGACUGGAGCAACCUCUACCAGUGCUAUGGAGACUGAAGUAGCCUCUACCAGUGGUAAAAAGAAAAAGAAAAAAAAUAAAGGCAGGAGCAGCCUCUCUACCAGUGCUAUGGAGACUGGAGCAGCUUAUCUAUAACUAGUAGUGAUUUAUACUCAACUC